AUGCCGGUCGCAAUAUUGGAGUCCGCCCGCAGCCUGGUUCGUGAUCGGGCUAGUGUCGAUCCUGAUGAUAUCUACCAGAUAUCAUCACCCGCUGAUAAUGCAUUGCUGCAAUCCACAUUGGAUUCGCCUUCGGGUUCGCCUUCGGGGUUGGAUUGGGUAUCGACCGAAGUGGAACUAGAAGCUAGUGAUAUCCUAUUGCUGCUUGCUAAAGGGAAUCAUGCUUUCAGCAAUUCAUCGAGCACAAGUGGCCCGGAAGGCAAGUUGGCUCGAGGCAAUAAUUGCAAUGUGGAGGAGGUGAUUAAGGGCGAAUACGAUGAUAAAAUUCGACUAAUGGUGUCCAAGAAGCAAAAGAUGGAGUCAUCCCCACCUGAUAAGAAAGUGAAGAGAGAGUCUUCACAAGCUGAUCGGGCAUAUACAACAACAGUGAGAGAUGGCAAAGGCAAGCGGAAGAUGGAUGAAUUUCAAGGUUGCGACGAGGACGACAAAGGAUACAGUCAUGAAGCUGAGUCGAAUUGUGAAGAUGUUGAAUACAAAGUGACAAAGUAUCAACUUGAGCUCAGUAUUCUUGUUGAAAAGGAAGUCCUUGAAAAGGAAGUGGAAAAGAAGAAAAGAAAGCAAUCGUCCAGAAAUUCGGUUAGCCGGAAGAUUUCCAAGACAUCCCAGAGAUUCAAGUGUAAUAUAUGCAAUAAAUCAUUCUCGACUCACCAAGCCUUGGGCAGUCACAUGUCCAGCCACAGCAAGGUCACUAUCAAGAAGAGCCAAAGUGGAGAUGAUCACGAAGUUGAUAACGAAAGAUCUCCAGCAGAUCAAGAAGCUGAUGAGAGCGCUUUAAUCGCGGCCGCGACUCAAGAAGCGGAUGGCGGCGCAGAUGCUGAAUGCGGUGGAGAAAGUGGUGAUGGCGCCCCGCAGGCAUCAGGUUGCAAGAGGCUCGUCAUUGACCUCAACGAGCUUCCACCUAUGGAGGAGGAUGAGCAAGAGGGAUGA